AGGGGGAACCUUAAGUGCUUGAAGAUCAGAUCUUGCAUUAAUUACUUCGUUCUAAAGGCUUCAAAUUAUUUUUUCAGUGUUGGGCUGGAUGAUUUGGCAUGCAGAUUUAAAAUAAAGACCUUUUGAAUGGGGAGCACUUUUAAGGAGGGAGAUUAGGUAGUGAUCUUGGAAAUCUUUUGUUUUUGUUUCUGCAACAUGCUCUGCUUUGGAGCAAGGUUAAGUCCUUUUUCUUAAAAGCAGCUUUCGUCCACCUCUUCUUGGAACAUCAUUUUUGCUUUUCCUGUUCCCCUGUUUUUUUCUGCCUCUUAUUCUCUGGCUGUAAUCAGGGAAGUAAUUAAAAAUAUGUAGUCACCCACGUUUAGUAGAAUUAAAGCAUAAUAGAAGGCAGUUCUGUGCCUCUUUGGCCUUGGUGAUUGGAAAGAACAUGUUGAACUAAAAUUAGAAUUGAUUUGAACUCCUAAACUUGAAAACUCACAAUAUCAUUCUAUUAAAAUUAUAUUAUUAAGGUAGUUUUUAUAUGUAUAUUAGAAAGUAAAUGGCAAUACGCUGAUAUGCAUGUAUUCUUAUGGCCAUGUAUAUAUAUAUUCACUUGCCCACUUUUACUGCAUGUUGAUCCUAGAGUAAGAAGCUUGACUAUGAAUGAAGAAGGUUUAUUAAGUGCUAUAAAUAGACUACAGUCAAUAAUAGAAGUGUAUUUGAGGGUAGCAUAAAAAGCCCUGUGAAAGCUGUGCGACAUGUAAUCACAGACUGUGCAGCCAGGUGGGCAUACAGUGAGUACUUCCUCAGCCUCCACCAGGUUUGGAGCUUGAGGGGUUUGCCAGUAUGUCUGUCUCUGGGUUUGAAUUCAAAAUUCUGUUGCAGUUUUUUUUUAAACUCCUUGGGUUGAGCAGCAAAUGGUAAAAGAAAUUGCUGUAUUUAAUUUCAUGGGUAGUUUCUUAAAAAGUUGCGUAAAACGUUAAUGUGGAAGCUUCAGUGUUAUGGAAAUUUAUUUCUUUUGUAACACCUCUCAGUUGUAAAACUUUUCCAAACUUAUUGUCCCCAGAGUGUUCAUAAGUAAAAAUCAGCAGGUAGAAGUAUCUUUUCAUUAGUGGAGGAGGACUUCAGAAAGGACUUGCCCACUGACACUGCUGUUACUUUAACAUACCUGUCAAUGCUACCACCAGAAGCAGAAAACUGAGUUCUUGUUUGACUUUUUUUUUUGUAGGAAAUGUAAAUAAGGUUCAGUUAUUAGACCCCUGGGCUGUCUCCACAAGGCGAGCUAAUGCAUACCUGCUUCAUCCUCACUAAACUUGUAUGAACUGUGACUUGUGGUUGUUUUUGGAAGUUCAUUAUGACUGACAGUGGGCCCCAUACAAAUUUCAUAUGUAAGAGGAAAAUGAGCUUAAUCUUAGGUAUAAGCUAAUUUACCAUAACUAGUUGUUCACAUAGUAUUUUCAUUUACUGGAAAUUUAAAGAAAUUCCUGUAGUUUUAUCAACAUAGGAAACUUUAAACUGGAACAAAUGGCCUGACAAGUGCAGCACAUUAAAAAACUGUGUUCUGCUGGCAUAUAACACUCUUUAUAAUGUUGCAGAAAGAUUUUUGCAUUAACAUACUUUUAAAAAUCUUGAACUCCACUUCCUCAGUUUAGGAAAACUCAAUUUUAACAGCUGGUGAACCAUCAGUACAUCAAUUACUAAAAAAGAAAUUUGAAAAAUACCAAACCGUUUCAUAUGCAAAGGAUGUGGAAGCCUUCUAAAAGAAAGACACAUGGAUUUUGUAACAUUUAUUGGAGCUAAAGUGGAAGGAAGUUAUACCAAGCUUACAAAAUCACUUCUGCAUUAUGAGAUAGUGCUAAUUUAUUUUUGUAAGCAAAUUAUUCUUUUGGAAGUAAAUUUGAAGUAACCAUUCUUGGAAGUUUCUUGUGACCAUUGUAGCUCUGAUAAUGGCCAGUGAAAUAAGUUGACCAUUACUGCUUCCCUGAUGGCAUACCUGUUUGGAAUGCUUUCAAAGCAUAUGCUCUCCUCCUUGGGAUAAUGAUUAAUUAGGUUUUUCAUCUGAGUUUAAUAUUGUCAUCCUUGAACUUGCAGUUGAAUUACUGCGGGGUGGAGGAGAAUCACAGAAAUAUUUGCCAUGGCUGGUGCACAUGGAAUGCUGCAGGAAAAAGUAGCUCUUAAGAAUUUGGACAAGGAAUAGGAUGGAAGGGUGUGUGUUUUAAAAGGUAUGGGUGAUGGCUUAAGAGUUCUAACUAUUUUACAUUCUCCUUGCUGCCAUGCAGAGUAUGCCAGCCUGUGUUCUGUAAGAAAAUAAUAUUAUGUUAAUAUGCACAUAGAUUACAUAAUGUGCCGAGAAGAGUUUGUCCCUCUUUGGGGUCCAUGCCCAGAACUUAGGACAUGGGAGGGAGUGGCAGAGUUGUUAAUACUUGCCUUCAGUAGAUGUGCACUUGAAAGCCUGUUAGUGCUGACUAUCUUUGCCUAAUUCUGGUAUGACCUGAAGAGUUUUAUUGCAUCUGGGAGAGAUCAGAGAUAGAAAAUACCAGUAGAACCAUCAAGAAAACUUUGCACAGGUAAUGUCUGUUGACUGUGGGGACAAACCAGCUUCUCAGGAGACAUGGCUGCUGUCACUUUAGUCCUUGUCCUUACUGGAGAUUGAAGAGAAUAAAAGGGGGAGAAGGGAAGAUUGUUGUCCACUGUGAGAAAUCACCCACUGUAUAGGGGAAAUUGGUGGAAUUGGAUUCUGUCAUCCUAAUGAAAUCAUACAUCUCUGUUCAGAUCUGCAGUCUACCUUGUUCACUUGUAAAACCAUUUAGGAUUGUAUGAUGGACCAAGGCAGAGCUGAAGGGGCAUGCAUUCUAUCCUUGGUUUAAUUUUAAAAACUUUGUAAAGUGAGGGAAAUGUGUUGGCCUCAAUGAGAUUGUAUAGCAGAUUGUCUGAUCAAUUACAGCUAGCUGUGCUCAUCACAAGGGAAAAGUCAGAAAUUAAAGACGUUAAGGUAUAGAUUGUUGGACUGUAUGAAUUAGUAUCUAAUGCCAGUUUAAGAACCCUCUGUAUAUAUCCCAAAAUUACAGGGGGCUGUAGUGUCUAAUUAGCUAUCCCUAGAUGAUAUCUGACUGCAAAUAGGAAAUCAAAGUUGCGAAGAGCCAUGUAAAGUGCCUUUCAUCCUGUAUCAUUCAUCUUUUUAAUUGCUGGCCAGCCAGCAUUUUCCUAGGUGUUACUAAGCCUUUUAAAGCUGGUUUCUAGGAUGUUGACUAAGUUUAUUAUAGCACUGUUAGGUUUGUGUAUACCAGAUUCUUCUGCUUGUGUUCUGCUCUGUUUGGACUACAUCAGUUGUGUAUCUGAAUUUAAUCACUUCCAGUGUAUUUUUUUAAAUGUAUUUGCACAGUCUGUCCUAGAGCCCAUAUAAAACAUGUGGAUCCACAACAUCCUGUGGCAAGUUCAGGUUGAUUAUAAUUAGCACACAGCUUAACCUUGUUAGUUUGGAUCAGAUCUUCAGCUAUUGUCUUUUGACCCUUUUUUUUUUAUAUUUGGGCAUUUGACCCUUUUUUUUUUUUAUUUUGGGCAAGAGAGGGCACAAACUCUAUGCAUCUUCUCCAAGCCAUUCAUUUUGUAGGCCUUUGUCUUAUUUCCCCUGUUGGCUGUAAGUAGCCUCUUUCCCAGACUGAAGAGGCUGGUCUAAUCAGUUGUUGAUUAUAUGAAAGAUAUUCCAUGUAUUUUUAACUUCCUUUGUCUGAGCUGUUUUCUACUUUACUCAGAAGUUAUUUUGACUUUUUAGGGUUGAUUUGUUUUUUUUUUAAAGAAAGUUAACUAACUCUGCUCUCAGUUUGUGAAAUACAGGCACAAAUUAGUUCUGUACACUGUCACAAUAGAGUUCUGUUUAUUUUUCUAUUUAUUGAUCCCCAUGGAGUGCUGAACAGUCCAACUGAUCUAAGGUAAACUGUCCUAUAUCCAGAUACUGUUGUGGGUGGCAGUUACUAGCUCAGAGACUGAUCCCAGUAGGAACCCAGAAUUUUCUGCUGCCUGCAGGUACAUAGGCUUUGCUUUAUGUUGAUCUAUAAGUAUUGCUUUUGCUUAUUGUACAUCACAGUCCCCCAGUUCUUCAGUUAGCCCUUAUCUUCACUGGUAUGACUUUUUAUUGUCAACAGUCUUCAUCCCCUUUUGUGAGGUAAUUUAUGAAUAUAUUGAACAACAUAAACCAAUGCAGGUUUUCCCCAGGGAUCUGGAGGUGAUUUUCUGCAGUGUGGAAGCUGCUUAGGCAGUUUAUGGCUGUUCCUGAGGUACUUGUGCAUGCAAGAGCUUUCCCUUUUUUUCGCUUGGUUGCUUAGUUUCCUCAAAACUUGGAAAUUCUAUAAAUAAAGUCUAUCAUUUAGUUGCCCUUUAUCCAUGUUGUACUACCCCAUACUCUCAAUAAAUUCCAUUAAUUUUGCAGAGCAGGACUUCACAGAUUCAUAGAAUAAUUUGGGUUAGAACAGACCUUAAAGAUUUUCUAGUUCCAAUUUCCCUGCCGUGGGAAGGAAGGGACACCUUCCGCUAGGUCAGACUGCUCAAAGCCCCAUCUAACUCGGCCUUGAACUCUUCCAGGGACAAGGCAUCAACAGCUUCUCUAGGAAAUGUGUUCCAGUGCCUCAACACCCUUCUAGUAAAGAAUUUUGUAAUUUUGUCCUAAUAUCCAAUCUAAACCUGCCCUCUUUCAGUCUGAAGCUAUUACCCUUUAGUCUAUCACAAAUGCCCUGGUAAAAAGUCCCUCUCUAGCUCUCCAUAGCCACUUCAGGUACUGGAAGGCCACAGUGAGGUCACCCUGGAGCCUUCUCUUUUCCAGGCCGUGUUGCCUUAGUGACAGCCAGGCUGAAUCUUUCCCAUUAUAUUAUUUGUUUGUGUCCACUAAGUCUAUUCUUGAUUACAUUGUCUACUAAUUAGUGCCUCAGACAUGUCAGACUGGAUCUUCCUUGAGGCUCUUUAAAUAUUGACUGUGUUUUCCACAUGUGUUUUUGUUAGGUACUUUGUCAGCUCCAAGAGAGCUAAAAACACAGCUGUUUCAUUACUGCUUACAUGUUCACUGCUACUUCUGCAUAAUCUGAGACCCUCAACACUUAAAACUAUGGAAACCCCUUUAAACUGUUGGACAGUGAAGUCAUACAAAAGGAUUUUACUUUGCUUCAUCAGAUGUUCCUUUAUAUCUGAUAAUCUCUUGACCUUUUGAAUUUCUUUUACCAGUCUUUAAGGAAAGAAUUGAUAGUUCUGUUGUUUCAUUCUAUUUCAGCUGGGAGGCUGGGGAACAAUAUAUUCUUACAUCCGAUUUGUUAGAGUGUAAAAUUCUCUUAACUUUUCUCCUGGACACAUGACCUUUUGUAAGGAACUUCCUUCCAUCCAGAGUCCUCUCUCUCUGGUUCAGGUAGCUCCAGUUCAGGUAUUUUGAGAUGUUAGUUGCGCUUUAGAGCCCAAUAUUAAAAACAGAUAAGCUAAUUGAAUUUCCUUGGUAAGACAUUUCUUCCUAGCCUUCUAAUAUUUUAUACUUCUUUUAAGCAAAAAGUAUUCUAGUUAUAUAGUACUGCAUUUGUUUUGGUGAUCAGAUUCUUGUGUACUGCUUAGUGUGAAAGAUGAGGGUAGAUUGAGAUCAUUUGUUAAACAAGCAAAAAUAAGGAACGGUCACUGUUAGGCAUGAGGAAUUGUAAGCUGAUAGUGUGUUAUGGGAGUAGUCACAAAAAUUAUUCUUCAGCAACAGAGAUUAGGGAUUUUUUAGCAUCUGAUGAGGUGGCUGUGGGUUUUAACUCAGGUGGUUGGAGAUUAACCCCCCCUAAUAUUUUAGUUUAUUGCUUUCCCCUCAGUAUUAUUCUCAAACAGUGGAUAGAAGAAAAAAGAAAGUCAAGACUUUUUCCAAGUCCUCUUCAUCGCUGACCUGAAUAAAAGGAUGGAUUUCUUUGGAUUUUAGGAUUGUUCCGUUUUUCUUCAAAAGUCCAGCUGUUCAGCAUAUGCCUUUGUGUUGUGCUCCAAGUACAAAUUUUAAUAUACAGCCCAUUUUGAGUCCAAAUAAUGGUUUUAAGCAGUCUGAUAAGCAGAGGGAAAGGUGUUUAUGUGAGUUUUUUUUCUACACUUCAGGGAAAAGUUUAUUUACAGACCUGUGUGGCAGAACUAGGAAGUGUGGAGACUAACAAAGUGAUCACUCUUCAUCACUGUCUCAUAGUAUGAAAAAAUUAAGUUAAUGAACCAGUCUUAAGCCAGACUUGCAUCUGGAAAAAUAUUGGCCACCAGCUGUUAAAGAUAUUGCCCUAAAUAAUGCUGCCAUUUGAAGUUCUUGCUGUAGUCUGAGGGCUCUAUGUUCCCAUCUUACAGAGUAAGGGAUUCUGUCAGUAAAUACUCCAUUUUUGAGAGAGAUAUAAAGUGAAGUUGUUUAGUACUGGUCCAAUUCCAAAGAAUACCAGAAUAUUUGAAGAAUUUUUUUUUCUACCACUGUACCCUACAAGAGGGAUUUUAGUGUGCCUGAAUAUAGCAUCUGUGUUGUUUUGGGCCUGCCACCUGCUUGUUUCAUUUGAUGGCCUUUAGCUACUGCAUGGAUCUUCAUGGCUAAUAAGCUGUUUCCCAUCUGGCUUAUUCAGUGCUCAGUGUCCAAGUCUUAUAAAUGCCAAAGUUCUUAGUGCGAGGUAAAUCUGCUACAUACAGUAAAAGGAUUGGGCUGCUGCUAAAGAUUGAGGGGAGAGAUUGGAGCACUCAUGUUGAGACCAGAGUUGUACCUUCUAGGGGAAAAACCAGUAAUAUUGGAGCAAGUGGUUGUCUUUUUAAAGUAGCAUAGGAUGUACACUUCAAGAAUAGUGCCUCUAUGAUGAUGUAGUAGUUGAACCUAGUCUCAAGCAAUGGAUCGUCUGAUCAGUUAUAAAAGAUGUAAAAUCAUAUGUACAGCUGAAUCAAUCUUGGUGUUGAUUCUUAUAGAAAUACUUGCAUACUUCAAGACAAAGGACUUUAGGCAUAAAAUAAAGUUAUGGGUUUUAGUAUGAAAAAUGGCCAAAGCAUUGCUUUGACAAAAAUGAGAGGGGAGGGGGGAUGUACAUUUGCCAAUAAACCAAGAAGAUAUUUCCUUCUUUUUUUUAACUUUUGUUAUUUUGAUGAAGCUUGCUUUCUUCCUGAAAAAGAAGAGUCAGUUUUUUAGCUGUCUUUUGUACUUAGAAACAGAUGUGAAACCAAUUAUUUUUCUCUAGGUGGCAGAUGGAAUUCACAGUGUGAGGAAAAAGUUUCAUAAAUUGCCCUAUUCUUUACUUGAAUUCUUGUUUGUAUGGCACCCCUCAGUGCAGGUGUAGAAACUGAUAUGAAAACAAAAUCUCUGCCUCGGUUUCUUGGGGUGAUUUUGGUUUUGUUUCUUCUUUCUUGAAAGCUAAAUAGGGAUUUUGAAAUUCUCAACAUGUUAAUAAUAAGGCCUCCAGCUAAGAUGCACUAAAGGACGGUGUCUUGGGUUAUAUCUAGGAUGGAAGAUCUUGCAAAUAGUUGAAUUCUAAUGUUGCUAGCUGCGUUUUAAGAAAUCUGGAAGAACGUUUUAGAAAAUACAACUAAAUAUCUUUCCCUUGAGAACAGGGAUUUGAGAGAUUAUGGCAUCUGAAGCUCACAAUGUUAAAAAACAGAAAGUAUUGCUUAUUGAAGGUCAUCCCAUUGAUCUCCCCAGAAAAAGAAUCUCUUCUUCCACUAAAAAGAUCAUGAAGGAGGGUAAGAAAUCUCCAAAACAGCUGGCGUCAUACACAAACAGAGUAACGGUUGGAAAAACGGUGACCAGUCCCCUCUCUCUUUUCAAAGUGGUAUAUUGUAAAAGGAAAGUUCAUUGUUAUACUCCAAAGCCUUGUUACAGAAAGAAACUGUGCCCUAAAUCUAGGGGCCGUGACAUGGCAAAUAAAGAAAAUGAACUGGCUUGUGCAGGGAAUCUGCCAGCAAAACUUCACAACAGUCGGACACACUUGCUGAAUUCUAGUGACUCUGGCUCGUCUCAAACAGAAGGCCCCUCAUCCAAAUACAGUGCAUUUUUUUCAGAGGUUUCUCAGGACCAUGAAACUAUGGCUCAAGUUCUUUUCAGCAGGAAUCUGAGACUGAACGUAGCUUUAACCUUUUGGAGAAGGCGAAGUAUAAGUGAACUGGUAGCCUACUUAGUGAGGAUACAGGAUCUUGGAGUAGUAGUAGACUGCCUUCCUGUGCUUACGAACAGUUUACAGGAAGAAAAACCAUAUGUUUCAGUUGGCUGCUGUGUAGAUCUUUUGCCUUUAGUGAAAUCUCUGCUUAAAAGCAAAUACGAAGAAUACGUCAUAGUGGGUUUAAACUGGCUUCAGGCUGUCAUUAAAAGAUGGUGGUCAGAACUAUCUGCACAUACAGAAAAGGCAGAAGAUGGAAACAUUCAUAUUUUAAAACAACAGCUAAGUGUUUUGUGGGAACAGGAGAAUCAUCUUACUCUGGUUCCAGGAUAUACUGGUAAUAUAGCUAAGGAUGUAAAUGCUUAUUUAUUGCAGCUACACUGACAUGAUGGGGAAACAGUGUGCUUAUGUGGUGAAACAAUACCCUAAAGUAUCCCUGAAAUAUGUGCUGAAAGCCUUUUGAGAAAUACUGGCAGAAGAGAACUGAACUGUCAAGCUGUUUAAUGAAACCACUAACAAAACCCUAACAAUCUACUUCACAUUGAAGUGGAAAAAUAUCUAGUAGGAGCAACUUUUACUUCAGUGAGGUGAAAGUGCACUGAAAACUGUAUGCCUUUGCUGCAUUUGGGAUUCGCUCAGUUACUAGGUAUUCCUUUAAAUGCUACUGUACCUUACAACAUCAUCGCAUAAAAGAAGAUGAACUAUACUGUCAUGAGGACAAGACAGCAGAACCAGUUAUAAGGAACCAACAAAAACAAUCAGCAUUAAAAGCUUUUAAAUGUCUCUUUCACAAGAGAACUCCAAAUGCAUAACUAUCUUCCAAUUACAUAAAAAAUACAAAAAACUUUGAGAUAUUCAGUUGCUUCUAUGUUUUAAUCAAAUUAUUAAAGACAGUUUUUGUUUGCACUAUUGAGAAACUAUACAGCAAAGAUGCCUUAAUUACUAGUGUUUCAAAAAGCCAAUGUGUUAAGAUGCAGAUAGCUAUUAUGUUCAGAUUGUGAUGAAAAACUACAAAAAUCAGGGUUUCACAUUGUGUAGUUAAUGAAAUAUUGCACAUAUACAAAGAUUCAUGUAUGAAAAAUAUUAUAAAUACCUGAAGUUAAGCUUGGGUAAACAGUUAUUGCAAAUGUCAGCAGAAUGGUGAAUUUAUGUCUAACAAAUGUUUUUAUAUUGUAUGUGGAUUUCUAACACAGUAAUCUUGUUCUGUAUCAUUCAAACUACAUGCAAAUAAGUAAAUAUAUUAAAUAUAUCUACUGUUUUUUCUUUUCAAGUUCAAAAAAAUCAAUUUCUAGAAUAAUCUCUUCCACAGUACUUUUUUAUCAUAGAUAUUUAUGUCUCUUGUUUGAAAUGUUUACAGCCAGGUGAGGCCAUGUUAUUGAAAUCACACCCUUUUUAUACUACCUCCUUUAAGAAACUGACAAAGAACUUUUGCAAAAUUGAUCAAGUUCUAACCUGAUCAAUGAUGGCAAAGUCAUACCAACAACAGCAUUGAGAAUACAGCUACAAACUUUUACUGUCAUAUUGAUAUGCUGUUCUAUUUUAAUUUAAAAGCUGUAUCUUAAUAGCUCUGAGGGAGUCUUAAUCUUAGGCUUGCUGUUGCCUUUUUUAAUUUUGUGAUUAGGAAGCAUGCUUUUUCAGUUAAAACUUACAAAGUCCCAGCUCUUCACUUAAAAGUAUACAUGCACAGCAUGUAUGACCAAAUGGACUACAUCCUUAAAAAUAAGUACUUGCAAGGGUUGUUUUCAUACCUAGCAUUAAGCAUGUGCACUUUUAUUGACAUGCAGGAGAAAAGUCUUCUGAUAGCCGCAAGUGGUUUUUGCUUUACAGAUUAAAUAAAUUAAUUUUGAACUCCUGUAGUGGUCAAUAACUUCAGGCCUCCUGUUGCUUAGUGUUGUAUUUAGUUUAUGUAUCAUUGUUGCUGACUUCUGAAGGCCAACUAGAAAUCUGUCAUGAGAACUUGGUGCUUUUAGUUGACUGUUCUGUAAACCACCAAAAAAGUUUUGCAUUUCCUAGGGCAGUCUGUUACAAAGAGUUUUUGGGGCAUCCCAAAACUGCAAGCUUUGUGGGACAAUUUGGAGAUUAUGCACAUAGCCAAUCUUUUUGCUGGAAUUGUUAUGUAUCAUUAGAGAUAUUUCAUGCUCAAAAAGUUUUGAGAUAGGACUUUUCAGAUGUUCUUACUAUCAAUUAAAAAUCUAAAGAACUAUAGUAUGACAACAUUCUUGUAUUACUUUACUGUUCCAUUGAACACUUAAAUGUAAAAAUAACAAAGUCCAGUUUCAUCAUUUGGGUGGCAAUUGCUGAAACUCUUAGAUUAUUCCUCAAGAAGAAUACUGUUUAUGGAAACUCGGGUUUAAUUUUUUUUAAUAGACAAAGUAGCUCAUGGCCAUUUGUUUCUGAUAAUAUAAGAAAGUAUGAUUGUGAUUGAUUAAAGGGAUACUUUAGUAUUUAAAAAUCUAGCUUGAAUGUAGAUUUAGAUACAUGGGCUUAUAAUGAAUUCUGUAUAUGGCCAUAGAGUUACCAAAUCCUAACUGUGGACAGUGCUUUUGUUUUAGAGGCAAGGUAAGAUUGAUUUGAGGAUUAUUACUGAGGAGUAUCUAAUAAAAUAAUGCAUUCUUUUUAACUGCCAAAAGUUGUAUUUUGACAGCAUCAAUAAUACAGUAUUAAACAUGGUCAUUAUUAUCUGUGCCUUAUUUUAAAUGAAAUUUUUACUGUUUUCAGGCAGCUACUAGACUGUAAGAACAGGGUUCAGGUGUCUGCAUUAUGAAAUUUUUUUUUCCAUCAUGUUCCUAAUUCAUUGAAACUAUUCACACUAAUAUUCAGGCUCAGCUUCUUGUAUUCUCUUUAGUUCUCCAAUGGCUAGGAAUCAAUUUUACUGUUACAGAAUGUACAUGUAUAAUGUCUGGUCAAAAUUGACAUGAGUUAAAUGUCUUAACGGCUGUGUAACUCAUUAAAUUCAUAUAGUUGUCUGAGUGAAUCCAAGAAUUAUGAGCUAUCCCAUGCAUAAAUUAUAAUCUUUGUGAUACUUUCUAAAAAUGCUAUUUCUAGGAUGUGUCAGAAGAUCCAGACAGAAUUAGUCCUUUUCCUGUGUGUUCUUGUGAUGCAGAAGCACCUAUGUACUUGAGGAUGAAGGAUGCCUCCAUAAAGCUGUUCUUCAUAUUACACCACUUGAUAUGAAACUCAUGUCUUUGAAAAACAGUAUGGCUUUUGCCUCAGUGUCCCCUGAAAGUACUUGAGGCUGUUUUGCUGAAGGAGUACUUUUAAGUGUGACCCAGGAUUUGCCCAUCCCCUAAAGAUUAAAGAAUCCUUCUGGCAAACUGUCUCUUGCUGCAGGGCUGAAAAAAAAAUUCCCAAAUUUUGUAAAUGGAAGUGGCCAAGUUGAGGUAUUGCUGGUAGCUUGCUGAAGAGUGGAGGUGGAAAAAGCUAUGCCAUUAAUUAGCUGGGUAUGAAGAAGUUAGCAUGUCUUAAUGACUAUAUAUGUCUCUGUUUUGAAGGAACUAUGCCUAUUUCUCAGGAAAGAGUCCUCUACUCUUGUAUCACACAGGUACUGCGGUUCCACACUCCUUAAUAGUGCUUACAGAUUGUUGCUGGUAGUAAAAAAAAAAA